AUGUCCGCAGAAACGGCGAACCAGAUGGAGGUCGAGGAGUCGCAGGUGCCCCCAGAAAGCGUUUCUCCGGUUGGCGCAGAAAAGAAGCGAUUUGAGGUAAAAAAGUGGAGCGCAGUAGCGCUUUGGGCGUGGGACAUUGUUGUGGACAACUGCGCGAUUUGUAGAAAUCACAUCAUGGAUCUCUGUAUUGAGUGCCAGGCCAAUCAGGCAUCCGCAACAUCGGACGAGUGCACGGUUGCUUGGGGAAUUUGCAAUCAUGCGUUCCAUUUUCACUGCAUUUCACGUUGGCUGAAGACACGGCAGGUGUGUCCGCUCGAUAAUCGAGAGUGGGAGUUCCAAAAAUAUGGCCACUAG